UCAUCAUCUGGCCUCAUAUCAUACACCCAAAUGCAGAAAUUUACCACAAUCAAUUUCUAAGUGAAAGAAUCAUGUUAAUAGUGUGCUUGUUUAUAACUGUUAGUCUAGGCCUUCUCACUCAUAGCUCUAGGGCAACUCAGUUGCCAACUGGUAGAUCUAACAGAUUCGAUUCUUUUGCACCAGUAAGAGAUGGUCCAAAUGAGGUAAAAUGGCUUGUGGAUGGAAAAGACUACAUGUCUGAAGUGGCUGAUGGCAUCAACAAUGCAACUUAUGAAGUUUUAAUAACCGGCUGGGAGUUCUGCUAUAAUUUGUCUUUGAAGCGCUCAAAUUCCAACAAUGCCACUGAGGAGUGGCGACUAGACAUGCUCCUUAAGAAAAAAGCAAUGGAAGGUGUUCAGAUAUAUAUUCUGCUCUACAACGAUCCAAUUGAUGUCCUCAAACUCGGGAAUAAGGAUGCUAAUGUACUUGUGAAUGCAAACAUAACUGUCCUUCAUCAUCCUCACGAUUGGUUCAGGAAUACUGUACGUUGGAGUCAUCACGAGAAGCUAGUCGUUAUUGAUCGAGGUCUUGCCUUUGUAGGUGGAAUUGACCUAGCUUUACGUCGAUGGGAUACAUCUAAUCAUAGGCUAACAGACAAAGAUUUCCCCAAUUCCUCUCGACUGCCUUGGCAUGAUGCAUCUUGUAUGUUUAACGGAGAGCCAGCUUUGGAUGUUGCAAAUCAUUUUAUUCAAAGACUCAAUGCAAUCCGGACUAGGCAUAAGCUCCCUGAGCAUCGUCCAAAUGUUAUUCAUCGCAUACAGAAUCCGAGUACCAGGAACUCAAAGAUUCAAGUGGUUCGUUCUGCUACAAGCUGGUCUGCAAAUCAACGUCUGGAAAAUUCUAUCUUGAAAGCUUACCUCCAUGCUAUUAACGUAUCAAACCAUUCAAUUUACAUAGAGAACCAGUUUUUUGUUUCUGGUCCACAGGAUGACACAACAAUUAAAAAUACAAUCCAAAAAAGUCUUGUUGAUAGAAUAGUCAGAGCUGAUGAGAACAAUGAGGACUUUCAUGUGAUGGUUGUGUUGCCACUGAAAUCAGAUCUUCCUGGAGAAUUCUGUGAACUGAGCAAUUUAUCCAGUCCUAAUUUUCUCGAAUUACAAACCCAAAAAAUUUAUUUCACACUUUUCAAAGGAGUGAAAUCCCUAUUUGGAAAGUUAAUCGUUAAAAAUGUGUCUGUUGAGAAGUAUAUCAGUGUCUAUGGAUUGCGUACCUAUGACUUAAUAAAUGACAUUCUCACUACCGAGCAGAUUUAUGUGCACAGCAAAGUGAUGAUUGUUGACGACCGACUUACAAUCAUUGGUUCAGCAAAUAUUAAUGAUCGAAGCAUGCUUGGAUACAGAGAUUCUGAAGUAAAUGUGAUAAUUGAAGACCAAGAAAUGAUUGUUGUAAAAAUGAACGGAAGUUCACAUAAAGUAGGCGAGUUCUCUCACUCAUUACGUUGCCAUCUCAUUAAGGAGCAUCUCGGGAUUUUAAAAGGUUUGCAUGUUGAUAUCGAUGUCAGUGAUCCGAUUAGUCAACAUUUCCGUAAAAGUCUCACGAAAAUAGCUGCCCGAAAUACUCAGAUAUAUGAAGAGGUGUUUAAGGGAGAAAUCGUUCCAAUUGACACCGUCACUAAUGAGGAAGAUUUGAAAAAGUGGAAAAAUAAACCGAAUUCCUUAUCUGAGAAAUCAAAAUGGAAUUUGAUACGACAAAUUCGUGGCCAUAUCGUAACAUUUCCACAGUUUUUUUUAAGUAAAUAUGAUUGGGAAAAGUCACAGCAUUUGGUAGUGGAUUAUUUGGAUUUGUUAAAAGGCCCUCCUAGAAUACAAAGGCAGGUCAAUGAAAGUGUCGAGACUUGUCUAGCCAUUAGCUUUAUAGAACUUGUCCUUACUUGCAGUGUAGUAGUAUAAUUAUAGUGUAUAGUAAAGCUUCUACUUUUUUUGCAGCUCUAAAAUUAUAUGAUCUUGUUCACACGCUCAAUGUAUUGUAAAUAAUUAUCAAAACUUACUAUUGUAACCAUAACCAUAA